UUUCAUUUCAAUCGUUUUUACCGUACAAAUCACGAUUUUCAUCUUUUUUAUUUGAUUAUUAUUAUCAUCAUUAAUAUUAAAAAAACAAAAAAAAUUAACACCAUGGACAUGGCAAAAAAUUUACGAUGUUUAUGGCCACAAAAUGCUUUUGAUACAUUAUCAUUCAAAUCAGAAACAGCAUCAUCAUCAUCAUUAACGUCGCUGUUGUGUAAUAAUUUUGAUUUAAAUAGCAUUGGUACAAUAGCCACAUCACCAACAUCGAUAACAACAACAUCACCAAGUGAAUUUCAAGAUGGAUUAUAUUCCGAUUCAAAUAGUGUUAUUAGUUAUGGUGUAAAUUCCAUAAUAAAUUCAUCAUCAUCAUCGAUCAUAAAUGGUGAACAACAACAACAACAAUCAUCGGAUAAAAGACGAAAAACAUAUUGUGAAACAGUUUCAGUUGAAAAUUCUGGACAUGUGGCACAAAUUGUCGGUAAAAAUGGUUGUAAAAUUAAACAUUUACGUGCAAAAUAUGACUGUUAUAUUCAUACACCAACGGCUAAUGAAGAACCAGUAUUUAUUAUUAGUGGCAAUAAAGAUAAAGUAUUGGCCGUUAAACAAGAAAUCAUUAAAGCCGAUAGCCAUUUUGCCAAUAUUAAAGAGGAAAGAAAUACAAAAAUAUUACAAAAGAUUAAUUUAAAUGAUGCUGCCUGUAUCCGUUUGUUUAUACCGGAUAAAUAUAUUGGCCUGGUUGUUGGACGUAAUGGUUGGUUUGUAAAAGAUUUACAAACAAUGCACAACAUUUACAUUGAGACACCGAAAUUUAAUAUUUGUAAUUUUUUUCAAUUAUUUGGACCACGAAAUUCAAUCAAUUCAGCCAUACAGGUUAUUUAUAAACAUAUUUUCACUAAAACUGGUAUUCAUUUUAAUGAACGAAUCAAUAGAGAUGAUGUUUAUUUGAUUGAAUAAUUUUUCUACCGCAUCAUCAUCGUCAUCAUCAUCAUCAUCAUUUGUUUUUAAUUACUA